AUGGUAAGUACAUCAGUGAGAUGUUGGUCAGUUGACAGGGAUGAGUAUGAAGAUAAUGAGGAUGACGAUGAUGGAGUUGUUGAUAAUGGCCUUAACAACGAUGAUGAGGAUGAAGAGAAUGAAGGUGAUAAUGAUGUGAAUGCAGAUGACGAUGAUAAUGACGACAGUGGUGGCGAAGACGACAGUGAUAAUGGUGAUGAUGAUGAUGGUAAUGACGACGACAGCGACGACGACGAUGAUGAUAAAUACAACGUUGAUUGUGAUGUUGAAAGUGGGGGUGAAUAUGAGGAUGAUGCCGAUGACCAUAGUUUUGUUGAUGACGAUGAUGAUGACGGAGACGAGGAAGACGAUGGUGAUAAUGGUGAUGAUAACGACCGCGACGGUGAAGACGAAGAUAAUGGUGAAUUUGGUGGUGAUGAUGACGACCGCGAUAAUAAUGACGACGAUGAUAGUGAUGCGUAUGAGUAUGAGGAUGAUGUGGAUGACCAUGGUGUUCUUGAUGACGACGUUAAUAAUGAUAAUAAGGAUGAAGAUAGUAAUUUUGUGAAUGGGGAUGAUGAUGACGACGGUGACGAGGACGAUAAUAGUAGUGGUGAUGACAAUGAUGAUGUUGUUAAUGAUGGUGAUGAUAACGAAAACGACGGUGAUGAAGACGAUGUCUGUGGUGUAAUAUUGUUUGAAGAAAAAUGUUGCAGCAUGUUUUGCAAGGUUGCAUCACGGACACAGUGUAAGAUGUACGAAUAA